AUGGCCACGUCGACUUGGGACCCUGCCUGCACAACAGCUACGUUUAGGAUCCCGAACGCUGGGUCUUCCCUGGAUGCUGUAGGUCUGCUCGCGCUGGCAGACCUCUCCACAAUCGCACGUCGAACCGCGCUCACCGGCUCAGCCUCCAUUUUUGAUAUCCUCGUGCUGGCUCCCGGUAUUCAUACCCAACAGAAAGCACCCGACGUCAAUCAUGGCGAGCUUCCUGCAACGGGCGCGAUGACUUCAGGAUACGUGUUCCGCAUCGAGAACCAAGCUAUGGUCAGCUACAUACAGAGCGUUGGCAAGCCGGGGUGCCUCGUCACCGUCAGCAUCGUGAAGGAGGAGCACCGUUCAUGGUUGUUUGCCCUCUUCGGAAGCGUACUGCGCAGGAAUGCGAUCGUAGCUUCGCUCUUGUACCUCUCUUGCAUCACCAUCACCAUCGCCUCCUUUACCCUACUGCUCGCCAUCGAAGAUCAUUGGGCAGUUGGCGUCUUGCUGAUGCUCGUAUGCGCUCGCUUCCUCAACAUGGUCGUGAUCAAGCGGCGUGCACAGCUGGGAUGGAAGGGGGUACCGGAGCCGGGCGUCAAAGGCGAUCUUUUGGUCCUGCUCAGUCAAGAUCGAUGGAUCCGGAUCAGGGGUCUCGUUGAUGACCUCAAGGCUGUCGCUUCAGGGCAGUGGCUCGGCGAUCCGACCGACAUUGAGAGCUUUGCGACGGCUUUCGCCACGCUCCUUGUAUAUGCUUCGGCGGUGCUUGCGUUCAAUGCGUCAACUAUCGGCAGCCUGUGCAUUGCUACCUUGCUGGUAGCUUCGGCUGCCUUGUUGGGAGUCUGCAACUCGCUCACUCGGGACUUGCAACUCUUUGGGCGUAGGGUGUACGUUGCCCAAGGACCGAGGAAAUACGCGAGGAGGCUAGACCUGGCCAAGGAGCUGAUCGACGAGUCAGGACGCGACGAUUGGGCGAUAGCCAUGGGCCUUGUUCAGCCUUCUGACGCCGUCGCGCCCCCGAAGGUUACGAUGUGA